AUGUUGGCUCGCCAGCCGGCAGAAUUACCGCUGUCGUCGAUGGAGGGACCGAGUUUCGGAUGUGCAACUGCUGUGAGUGGCCUGCUAACAUCGACGUCGACGACGAAGGCGACAUCCUCCUCAUUAACCCCUGAAGCACGUGACGACAGCGGUGUGUCAACGAUGGAAUCGGUCUGCAGUAAGGAGUUCGAGUUGAACAGCACUCCGGCGAGGACGGCUGUGCAGACAUUGUCUGAUAUUCUGCUUUCUGAACAUAAUAAUAAUUAUGCGGGUAGUAUGGACGUGGUGAAACUGUUGCGACUGCGUUCCGUUGAUGACGAGCAGAAUCAGCAGUCAAAUUCGUCGAGUCUUGAAUCGCUCUCUUCACUGGAAAAUCACCAAGGUAGUCAGGACCCCGACGGCGAUGGCGGCUCCGGAUCUACCUCGUGCUCAGAAGACUCGUUUGAGAUGUCAAGCACGUGUAGCGUUCGUGACACCGAUGUAUCGCCUGAGGAGUUGUCGCCGCGCAAAGAAGUGAGACGUCUUCCACAAGCGGUUACCUCUACAAGUCGAAAUGUGGAUCGGGAAUCACGGGAAACCACAUGCGAGUCAUUCAGCUCAGGAGACAGCGAACCAAAUAACUCUACCGCCUCAGCUAAAACUCUGUUGUAUGAUAAGGAAUCGACAAACAGAUAUUCAAAUCUGGUUUUAUUUCGACAACCGCCGAGCUCUAUUUCUAUGGACUCAUUCAUGCUCAAAAACGCUAAUAUGACAGCUAUACGUGAAAGCAUCAACUUGGAGUUACAGAAUCUUGAUACCGGUCUUCCGAACUUGGACUUUGCCAAAUUAGAAGAGCAGCUCACCAACGCGGCACGUGAACGUGAGGAGCAGGAUCGCAAGCUGCUAGGCGAAGAGGUGAGGCGACGAUUGGCACUUCAAGCAGACUCAUGGAAAGGCGCCAGUCCUGCUGUCAGCACUCGACCUCAUCGGUCCAACUUGGCACUUCGACUACAGUCAGCAAUGAACCUGCAGGUGUGCUAUAUGAACGAGCUAGCGGAAAGCGCUUCUGAAAGUGAAGUAUCUGAAUCGGAUGAGGAGUUCAUGGUGCCGAAAUCUCGCUCUGUACCCAAUCUGGAAGGAACGAGCCGGCCGGGUUCGUCUAAAGAAGAUCCGUAUUUGCGGAAACUUCGCGAUCGAGCCAUUCACGAGCAACAUCUGGAUCCUUGUGAACGUCGGACGUUACUCCAUGCAGAGACGAAAACUGUGGUGCUUAACGCGAAGAAGGCUGCGCAAACCGCUUUGGCACGGUACAGAAGUACGAAGUCGAAAGCGAGCGGUGUACCUCGUCAAGCACGUCAGUACCUCAGGAAAAUGUCCAUGGCCGAAGUGUUACGAAUCAAGGAGACUAUGGAACAAGCAAUAUACCGAAAAAAUCUUGAACUGGUCCAGUUACUAAUCGAGCGUGACAGUCUUCACAUGGAGCAUGACUCUUUACUGGUUGAUAUCGAUGAUUUCACAGAGCACGAAACAGAGUGUUCGGCGCUGGACUUUCCUCACUUGCUUGGUAUAAUGGACGGAUUGAUAACGCCAGCGUCAAGAGUUGAUCCGAAUACGUUGACGCCGAACACUGGCCUCGUGUCACCAGGCCAAAACGGGGCUCCGACGCCUGCCCCGACUCCGACCACUCCAACGAAAGCAUUUGUCGCCCAAUUACCAAAAUCUCUCUCACGAUUCUGUUCGGCGCUGGACUUUCCUCACUUGCUUGGUAUGAUGGACGGAUUGAUAACGCCAGCGUCAAGAGUUGAUCCAAAUACGUUGACGCCGAACACUGGCCUCGUGUCACCAAGCCAAAACGGGGCUCCGACGCCUGCCCCGACUCCGACCACUCCAACGAAAGCAUUUGUCGCCCAAUUACCAAAAUCUCUCUCACGAUUCGUGCUCUUCCGACGCUGA